AUGUGGGAAAAAGCUACAGUGCCCUCAGCUGGGCAAAGCUGUGACACCACCACCAGCCUGUGUGCUCUCAGCGCAAUGGUGGAAGCGUUUGUUCGAGAGCUUCUGAGCGUGUGUCUCCAGAGGAUUGCUUUAGAUGAAGAAAUGUGCUCAGAACUCGAGUUGAUUCAGAUUGUGAGGAACUAUGAAGCCACCAGGAGGCGCUGGCUACAGGCGGAGCUGGAGCUGAAGAAGCACAAGGAGCUCCUGGUGAAGUCGGAGGUGGCGCGGACCGCGCUUGAGGUGAAAUUAAAACACGCCCGGAACCAGGUCGACAUCGAGAUCAAGAAACGCUACAAGGCCGAGGCGGACUAUCAGUAUUUGGAGCACCAGAUGCAGCUGAUAUGUGACAUAUUGGCGAACGAUACUAAGUCGAGUGCUUGCCUGAACGAUGAACAGAGAUCGAUGCUGGCCACCUUCAAUCACAGAGGCGCCAACAUAACUCUGCACAAAAGUAAAAGGUUGUCUGUUAUUGAUGAGUCUUCGUUCCUGUCUCACUCCGAUAUCAGUUACGACAGAACUGAUGAUGACCUGGACCUGGACACGACUGUGGUCAAACCUCUGAGGUCACGAGCCAGGGAGAAAAGGCGCUCUUCCUUGGGGCCCAGUGUUGGCCCACCUGUCCAAAAAAGGGGGAGGGUCAGCGGGCGCUCGGGAGACCUGUUGGGGGUGAGACAGGUGGAGAAGGAAAUCGAAACCACUGUUGUGAAAGCCUCCGUAACAACUCCUGAGAGCGGAGGCCAGAUUCACAUGGUCAUCGAUAUCACCCAAGAAACCCCUGAGAAACUGCCCAAGUCUCUCCGGGGUGAACACAUCGCCCCUGUCACUGCAGAGCAAACGUCAAUUUGGGCUCCAGCUGAUGAAACCAGGGGCGAGUCUGCAGUCGUUACAGAGAUGGAGGUGACCGCGGCAAACCCAAAACUUCGCCCGGUGUUCACUCCCACCCUGGACAAGGCCUUGCAGCAUGUCUUCCUGUCGAAAACGGUGAUCCGGCCUGAAAUUUGCAUUCCGUGCGGAAAGAGGAUCCGGUUUGGCAAGAUGGCAGCAAAGUGUCGGGACUGCCGUUUGGUGGCCCAUCCAGAGUGCAAACACCUGUCCACUCAGUCCUGCAACCCCAGUGCCACUGUUCCCACCUGCAGCCCCUCAGAGGACACUUUGGAGAGUUUUGCUCCCUCCACUCAACCACGGAUCCCUCUUUUGAUUGUACAGUGCGUUAAUGAAAUUGAGAAGAGAGGACUAGAAGAAAAAGGCAUUUACAGGGUGCCUGGAGGGGAGCGAAUGGUGAAGGAACUUAGGGAGCAGUACAUCCUCAAGAAAACGCCACUGACGCUUGGUAAAGAGGAGAUCCAUGUCAUCUGCGGUCUCCUGAAAGACUUCUUGAGAAGACUCAAAGAGCCUCUUGUCACCUUCAAGCUGCACAGAACCUUCAUGGAGGCCUGUGAAAUCCCAGAUGAUGGGAGCAGCUCAGCAGUGAUGUACCAGGCCAUUGAAGAGCUGCCACAGCCCAACAGGGACACACUGGCGUUCCUAAUGCUGCACCUGCAGAAAGUGAUGCAGAGUCCGCAGUGCAAAAUGGAUCUGAACAAUUUAGCCCGAGUGUUUGGACCCACCAUCGUCGGACACGGCAUGCCCGAACCCUCACCCAUGACUAUCAUGAAGGACACGAACACCCAGCCCAAAGUGGUUGCCCGAAUGCUGUCCUUCCCUUCGGAGUACUGGAAACGUCUCAUCAUGGUGGAGAGGGAUCAGGUCAUCUCGUCUGUGGUUGAUGCCAAGAUCAAUAACGAAAGCAACACCGUCGACCGAGAUCGCCUGUUCAAGCCACUGACCUCCCCCGAGUUGAGUAAAUACCCCAAAACCCAGCCCAGUGGCUCCCUUAGGGGCAGAAUGAAAACCCUGGGCACUGCCUUCAACACCACAGCAAAGGCCAAGACGGACCCAAGCAAGAAAAAGUUCUUUACAUCGCCAAAAUGA